AUUCUACUCCAAACAUUUUGCUUCUAUUUGCUUAGAGAAACUAAGAGACUAUAAUGGGUGCUAACGCUUCUUCUCUAGACCAGAAGUAUCAGGUAGCUCCCUUCCGUAAGCCAUCAUGGACACCUAAACCUGAGACUUAUCCUUUCAAAGCCAACAGCCCUGGUAUUGUGGAGAUUAAAAACAAGAAUCAGUGGAAGUCUCGUCUCAACGCUCUCAAAGAUACAAACAAGCUGCUGGUAAUCGAGUUCACAGCCAAAUGGUGCGGACCAUGUAAAUCCCUUGAACCAAAGCUCGAAGAGUUGGCAGCUAAAUACACUGAUGCUGAGUUCGUGAAGAUUGAUGUCGAUGUAUUGAUGAACGUGUGGAUGGAGUACAACCUUAACACUUUGCCUGCGAUUGUAUUCAUGAAGAGAGGCCGAGAAGUAGACAGAGUUGUGGGUGUGAAGGUUGAUGAGUUAGAGAGGAAGCUCCACAAGUACACACAAUCCUCCUACUGAAAAUAUGAAGCGUUUAAGUACGUAUCAUCACCUUAUGCAUGCCAAGAAUAUAUAAUAUAUAUAUAUAUAUAUAUAUAUAUAAAUAAAUGUUUGAACCAGGAUUCAACAAAAUAAAACUUGUAUGUGAUGUAAAGUAAUUGAAUGUUGGGUUUGCUAUGUAAUAUAAGUUUAUGAUCAGUGAUUUGUGAUAUGUUGGAUUUGAUAUGUAGGUAUAAAAUUUAUGAUCAGUGAUUUGUGGAUGUUGGAUUUGCUAUGUAAUAUAAUAAAUUUAUG